GGUUAGCUUCUUUCGGUCAUUAAUACAAGUCCUUCAUCUAAAUUCACAUAGAGAGCCCUCACUUUCUUUGAAAUCUAGCCUAGCAAUCAAUAAGAUGGCUAAACAACAUGGAACAACAAACCACCAUUGUAUUAGGGCAAGUGAAGGAAAUUGUCGCCAAUCUAAGACGCCUGGAAACAAGAAAUAUUGCAGUGUCCACAUGCAAUACUGCAAGGAACCAGGUUGCGAAAUGGGUCUCCCGUAUGGCUUGAGACAAUUUUGCAAGGUUUGCGAAGGCAAGGCUGAUAGAGAGGAAAAGCUGAAGCAGGAGACCGACGAAAAGGAACUCAAGAAAAAGGAAGCCUCUGAUGCUCUUGCUAGUGCUAAUAAGGGAAAGAAGAAGCCGAAGACCGUGAAGCAGGGCCAGAACACUCUGGUGUCUGUGGCCGAGAUUUGAGAUGGUAUUACUGUUUUUAUGGCGGCUGGGGUUUGUCUUCGUAUGGGAUUGAGUCUGGGACUGAUAUAAGAAAUUGACCA